CCGCCCUUGCCGAUUUGGCCCUCUCUUCUCACCACGGAAAGCAUCGUCCGCACUCUCCACUGCCUGCAACACCACCACGCCCGAUAGCAGAGCGGAAGCAGACGAAGCUGCUGUCUCCAUGGACGGAGUCCGCAAGAACAGCAACUGACGCUCGGAGCACUGGCCUGUCACCGGCUCUGGCGUUGGUUUUCUCAUCUGCUGUCAGCUUCCUCCAAGACGCUCGGCGAAAACCCAGCGACACCAUUUCGCCGAGCUGUUAAACAACACAAUGUUGCCUCAACUCUUGCCUCGAGCACUUUCCCUCUCUCAUCGCAUGACCGAUGGCUGACCCUCCAGUGCGCCGACCACACAAGAGGCCUCGGCCGCAAUCUUCUUGCGCCAUCUGCCACAGACGAAAGGUCAAAUGUUCCAAGACAUUGCCGUGCCUCCAGUGCCAGAAGCAUGGCUGCGCAGAUGAGUGUCGCUACGAUGGCGUGCAACCCUCCAGAACUCCAGCCACAACUACUCAGACCAACGCAACCGAGCCGGCCGCCGCCCAUCAAGAUGCAGGGCCUGCUGAUCCAUCGAAUGCGGCUAUGGACCUUCAAAGGGAACAGGCUGAGGCAAGUAGACAAUAUAUUCAUGGUAUCAUUCAGGCCGACAAGCUGCAAGUGUGGACUGAGUCGAAAUAUCCUCCUCAUACUUGGAACCCAACACCUGGCAACUCACGCGGUCGUACACAUUCAACUGGUGUACUACGAGUGUUUGAUCCGGUUAUGAUCUACAUGGGAGCAGAAGCACUUUCGUAUCCUGAUACCGAAGCGGAUGCAACUGUCGCUCGACGUAAAAGCAGAAUGGCGAGCGUCAUGUCAGGUACGGCGCAAUCGCUUUACGCAGAUUUGCCUCCGGUCAACGUCUGCCUGGAACUGAUCACGCGGUACUACGACACCUGGCACACAGUUCUCGCGCUGGUUGAUCGUUGCGCCUUUGACAAAUCCUUCGAGGACUCGAUUACGGAGCCGCAAAAUGCUUCAGCUUCCUUUGAGAUAACGUGCGCCCUGGUCAUGGUAUUGGCCAACGCGACUUUUGCGUCGAAUGAAGCACGUAUUCCGGCCGAACGAGUGGAGCGGUGGCUUGACAUCUCAUCUGGCCUGUUAGCAUUGAUGUCGUGGUUUGGAGAAACCACUGUCGAAUCAGUCCGAGCAUCAGCACUUCUCAGCCUUGCCGAACAGGUCGUGAGCACAGAUGUAACCGCCGCGUACAUCAGAUCUGGCAAUACUGUCCGAAGUGCAAUGAGUUUGGGCUUGCACUUGCGCGCGCAGGAUCAGAACUCUGUGUCUGCGGCCAUCUCAGCUGAGGAGUGUCUGUGGAACACGAUCAUCGAAAUCGAUCAGUACGCAUGCCUUGCUGCUGGCAUGGAACCUGCUGUGCCAGAGAGCACCGUCAUGGAGGCAAUAACAUAUUCAAGUGGAAACAACCUUGGCGCUAGUGAUGUCCCUGAUGAGCUUUGCCUACGCCGUUUGCUGACCAAGUCGCUAUACGUCCGGCACAAAAUCUUAGCUGCCCUGAAUGGUCAGCGAUCUGUGAUGGUAGAACAAACCGUGGAGCUCAGCACCGCAUUAUCAAAGGCCUUCGCUCCCGUAAGCACAAAUCAAGACGUCCCACCCAAUUUCAGAACCUUCCAAUACGAUUACGUCUUCUUCACAUAUCGCCGAUAUAUGUCAGCUCUCCACCGCGUUUUCGCGACCCUUGACGGCGAACCAGCAUACUACAUAUGCCGCAGCAUGGCCGCACGCCUCGCACGUCGCCAUCUGCGCGAGAUAUGCAAAGUCUGGAGAGCUGAUCCUGACCUGAGUCCUUUCACCGCUCUCCUCGGCGCCCCUGGGAUCAUGUUCCGCAACGAGACCGAACGCGCCGUCAUCACAAUUUCUCACGAGCUCUAUCGCAAGGAAGACCAAGUGCAGCGUGUUCUCAUGUCAGUCGAAGGUGGUCGGGAGGGGUUGACGGAGACGAUAAGGGAGUUUAUCACUCUUGGGAAGGAUAGAGUGAAGGAGAAAGGCUUUCCAAAGCGGUGCUUUAUGAUACCUGCCAUGGUCGAUGCACAUAAUCAAAUUUCGGCCGAGUGCGAGGUGACUUCGAGCGAAUACUGUCGGGCGAUGGCGACUGUGGGAUCCGAAGUCAAGAGACUUCUGGAAGCAAGCUGA